GGGCUCCAGUACAGAGUGCGGCGGCUCCGGAGCGUCAGAGCGGAGCUGAGUGAGGGAGCGAGCCGCUGCUGCUGCAGGAGGAGCCGGAGCCGGAGGGACGAGGAUCUCUGAGUCGGAUACUUCCAUCUCGCUUCUCUUUUUCUUUCUUUCUCUCCUUUUUUUUUUUUUUUUUUUAAACCCGGGACAUGAAAUCCGUGUUUUAAUCAGAAAAAAACUAAAACUUGACUCCGGCCCAAGAUGACGGUGGAUUUUGAAGAAUGUAUCAAAGAUUCGCCCCGCUUCAGGGCGAAUAUCGAUGAGGUGGAGACGGAGGUCGUGGAGAUCGAGGCAAAGCUAGACAAGCUGGUGAAGCUAUGCAGCGGGAUGAUCGAAGCGGGGAAGGCGUACGUCAGCGCCAACAAGCUCUUCGUCAACGGCAUCCGGGAUCUGUCUCAGCAGUGCAAGAAGGACGAGAUGAUCUCGGAGUGCCUGGAAAAGUGCAGUGAAAGCCUCCAGGAAAUCAUCAACUACCACAUGAUCCUGUUCGAUCAGGCUCAGCGCUCUGUGAAGCAGCAGUUGCACAACUUCGUGAAGGAGGAUGUUCGCAAGUUCAAGGACACCAAGAAGAACUUCGACCGGGUGCGCGAGGACAUGGAAAUAGCGCAGGUGAAGAACGCCCAGGCGCCGAGGAACAAGCCUCACGAGGUGGAGGAGGCCGCCGGCACGCUCAGCAUCACGCGCAAGUGCUUCAGACACCUCGCUCUGGACUACGUGCUGCAGAUCAACGUCCUCCAGGCCAAGAAGAAAUUUGAGAUUCUCGACGCUAUGCUGUCCUUCAUGCACGCCCAGUACUCGCUGUUCCAGCAGGGCUACAACCUGCUGGAUGAGAUCGACCCGUACAUGAAGAAGCUGGCGGCUGAGCUGGAUCAGCUGGUGAUUGAUUCAGCCAUGGAGAAGAGGGAGAUGGAGCACAAACAUGCAACUAUUCAGCAGAGGACCCUCUUGCAGGACUUUUCAUAUGACGACUCUAAGGUGGAGUACAACGUGGACGCUCCCAACGGCGUGGUGAUGGAGGGCUACUUGUUCAAGAGGGCCAGCAACGCCUUUAAGACCUGGAACAGGCGGUGGUUCUCCAUACAGAACAGUCAGCUGGUCUAUCAGAAGAAGCUCAAGGAUUCUCUGACGGUGGUGGUGGAGGACCUCCGGCUGUGCUCCGUUAAACCGUGUGAGGACAUCGAGAGGAGGUUCUGCUUCGAGGUCGUCUCCCCCUCCAAGAGCUGUAUGCUUCAGGCUGAGUCUGAGAAGCUGAGACAAGCCUGGAUUCAGGCGGUUCAAGCGAGCAUCGCCUCGGCCUACAGAGAGAGUCCAGACACCUACUACAUCGAGCGUCUGGACCGAACGGCUUCUCCGUCCACCAGCAGCAUCGACUCGGCCAGCGAGCCGCGGGAGCGCAGCAUCCGAGGGGAGACCAUCCUGCAGAGGAUCCAGUGUCUGCCGGGCAACGAGCAGUGCUGCGACUGCGGCCAGGCCGACCCUCGCUGGGCCUCCAUCAACCUGGGCAUCCUGCUGUGCAUCGAGUGCUCCGGCAUCCACAGGAGUCUGGGAGUUCACUGUUCGAAGGUUCGCUCGCUCACGCUGGACUCAUGGGAACCGGAGUUACUAAAGUUGAUGUGUGAGCUUGGUAACAGUGUCAUCAACCACAUCUACGAAGGCUCGUACCAAGAACAAGGUCUGAAGAAACCGUUACCGUCCAGUUCAAGGCAGGAGAAGGAGGCCUGGAUUAAAGCGAAAUACGUAGAGAAGAAAUUCCUGAAGAAGCUCGGCUCCACGGAGAUUCUCAUCAACGGCGAGAGGAAGUCGGAGCGGCGGUGGAGCGUGAAGAAGUGCCGGAGACACAACAGUGCCACCACAGUACCUAAAACACGGAGAAGAUACCGACAAGAGCCCGGAAGCACCUCCCCCUCCACCCUCUCCGCAGCAGCUGCUAAGUUCAGACGAGAAUCCCUGUUCUGUCCUGACGAGUUGGACUCACUCUUCUCCUACUUCGACACUGGAUCUGGGCCUCGAAGUCCGGCAGGCCUGAGCAGCGACAGCGGGUUGGGAGGCAGCACAGAUGGCAGCACAGACAUCCUGGUGUUUGGUUCGGUGGUGGACAGCGUCACAGAGGAGUGUGAAGUGUCGGAGGACUCGAGCGGUGAAGCCGAGCUGGAGGCCGAGCCGGAGACGUCAGACCCGGAGGAUAUAAGGGACCUGCAUCCCGGAGCGCUGCUCUACAAAGCCUCAAAAGCCAGAAACCUGCCCGUCAUGGCCGAGGCGCUGGCCCACGGGGCCGACGUCAACUCGGUCAACGAUGAGGACGAAGGAAAGACGCCGCUCAUACAGGCUGUGAUCGGGGGUUCAUUAAUCGCCUGCGAGUUCCUGCUCCAGAACGCUGCUGACGUCAACCAAAGAGACACGAGAGGGAGGGGCCCGCUGCAUCACGCCACAUAUCUGGGACACACAGGGCAGGUCUGCUUAUUCCUAAAACGAGGAGCUACACAGAACGACGAGGACGAGGACGGCCAGGACCCUCUGAGUAUAGCCGUGCAGCAAGCCAACGCAGAUAUAGUCACGCUGCUGCGUCUGGCGAGGAUGAACGAGGAGAUGCGGGAGUCGGAGGGACCGUUUGGACAACCAGGAGACGCCACGUACCUCGACAUCUUCAGAGAGUUCUCCCACAUGGCGUCCCACAACCCGGAGAAGCUGAAGCGAAGGAGUGUGCACUUCCGACACUCCUUCAGGUAGUUCCACCGUUCCACCGCCUGCAGAGGAACAGAGACGUUUACUUGAAAAGUGCAGCAACCACUUUCCAUAUAGUCACAGUGUGUGAGGGGGCUGAAAUUUGACCAACUUGGAGAAAGCUGAUCAUUUAUUCAUGACAUGCCUGUUUUUUAAAAGUGUUUUUUUUAAGGGGAUCAAAGUGAAGAAAUCCUGAUUUUGUGAUGCUGUCGUGUUCGUUAUCACUCAGUGUGUAGAACAGCUGCAUGAGUCUUGUGCUGUUAAAAAUGGAGGAUCUGCGGGUCACAUCCUCUUAAAUACAUUUUGUUAAAAUAAAAAUGCAGCAUUUUUGCUUUUGUACAGCGUUAUAGAUGAGACUUUUAAUAAAAUGCCAAGCACUUGUUUUGUUUACUUCCUGUGAUGUGUUUCAUUAUUCUGGUCAAAAUUUUGUUGAAGGACUUUCAUCAGUACUCUACAUAAAUACAUGUUUCUGUGUUUUGCAUGCAUGUUACUCUCAUUAUAUCUCAUACUUAAACUUGAACUCAGCUAUGUGUCAUAUCAUCACUAUCAACAAUCCACCAUCUUGAACUCGCAGUGUUAUUGCUCUUGUUUAUCUUGUUAUGAAAUGCAUUUUUGUUAUGUUUUGUUGUUGUAUCGACUAUGCUGGUGUAGUCGCCGUGAUGUUUGUGUUUUAAAUGUACUUUGCAGCACCACUACUAUGAAAUGCAGUGCUUCCGUUACUGUAAACAUGCUGUAGAGGCAAAAAAAAAUGCUAAUAUAUCAGAAUGAACAGGAAAACUGUUGAAAGAUGGAUGAAAAUAAACAUUGUCUGUGUUUACACAC